AGCUCAGCUGAUCCGAACAGGAUCUCGAGGGAAUUUCGCCGAAGCUUUCGAGUGCUGAAGAUCUCUUCAGGUUCACUAAUCACUGAUUGAGUGCAAACAACUCCUUAGAAAAUAGCCUUCUCUGUGAUUAUCAUAUAAAACUGUUUGCAGAUAUCAGAAAGUGUCUAUAGUUCCUCUGUCGGUUUUUUGAAAGCACUGGGGGAAUUUUCAAUCGGUGAAAACAGCUUUUGUUUAUUUCGUAGUGUCAUCUGAGGACGUUGGAGUGAUAAUGAGUGAGGAAGUGGUACUUAGAGUUUUAACUCUCAAUUGCUGGGGCAUUCCCUAUGUCUCGAGGCACAGGGAUAGGCGGAUGAAGGCCAUAGCCGAGCAGCUAUCCUCUGGAGAUUAUGACAUCGUUUGUCUCCAGGAGAUCUGGUCUCUUAAGGACUUCAACAUGAUUAAGUACAAAACGCAGGACAAACUGCCACAUACUCAUUAUUUUUACAGUGGAGUCCUUGGCUCGGGUAUUUGCCUUCUCUCACGAUAUCCGAUUGAGGAUGUAAUGUUCCACAAAUGGGCUCUCAAUGGGUAUGUCCACAAAAUCCACCAUGGGGAUUGGUUCGGGGGAAAAGGGGUUGGUUUGUGUCGACUAAAAGUACACGAUGCUAAUAUUAAUGUUUAUGUAGCACAUUUGCACGCCGAGUAUGACACCGAGAACGAUGAAUACUCGGCCCACAGAGUUCUGCAGGCAUUCGACAUGGCUCAGUUCAUCAGAAUGACAAGACAGGGUGCAGAUGCGGUGAUUCUCGGUGGAGAUCUCAAUACAGGCCCCGAUGACCUGGCUUAUCAAAUAAUCAGUGGCAUUGCCAGCCUGGUAGAUGCAUGCUCAAAUAUUCACAGCGAUGUUGGGACCAGUGAAUGUGCCAAUAAUAGUUACACCCCGAAGAAAAUCGCUAAGCUAUUGCCACAGGGAAAAAGAAUCGAUCACAUUCUAUACUUGGGCUCCAAACACUUCAAGCUUGAAGUUUCGAAGUGCCAUCAGCCUUUUCCGAGACGAAUUCCCAAUGAGAGUGUCAGCUACUCCGAUCACGAGGCCGUUGCAGCUGAAUUUAAAUUAAUAAAAGGGAAAUACGAUCCAGUGGAGAAAGAUAUCCGAGGUCCCUUGAAGGAGGCACUCAGCAUCUGUGACACAUCGCUCAAAGAAAUUCGUAAGCAACGGAUAUGGUAUCUACUGGCUAGUCUACUGUUAGCAGUGCCCCUCAUAUGGUCAAUGGGUUUCGGUCUCUCCUAUGAAUCAAUCGGCGUGAGCAUUGGUGUGAAUGUUGGCCGACUCUUGGCAACCGCUAUUCUCUGUUACGCCUUGUUCAUGAGCUCAAUUUGGAAUUGUGUCGAGCAGAAUGCCCUCAAAGCCGGUUAUAUUGCCAUGGAAACGCGUCUCUUGCAGUUGAACAGAAAUACCAAUUUGGAGAAAAUGUCAGCCUAGUCCAGGGAAAACUCAUCCCCUCCACCUGUUGCAUUUAUACCCUCCACUUUCCCACCAAUGAUUGACAAUUAUGUUUACGUUAUUUAGUAUUAUAUUUUCGUGUGCUCUUACAAAUUAUUUUUUCUUAUACAAAAAUUGUCCAGUUUACAAAAUUGUAAGAAAGUUUAUUAUUCUCUUUAGUUCUUCCUUGGGGAAUAAUUUAUUUUUGGAGAGUUCCAUGUUGAUUUUAUCGCUUUAUUCCGGACGGUAUUGCCAUUCAAGUAUUGGGGAAAAAUGAUCAGCUCACUUAGACAAUAAAGCGACAAAUUUAUCAAUUCAGUAGGUUAAUGGAAAUAUAUUUUUCAAGCAGUCGAUAUGAGUCAAUCACAGUGAGUGCCCGUGCACUGAACGCAUGCUUUGGAAAUUCGUGAUAUGUCUAUUAGAGAGGUUUUUAUGCUCGUUAUUUUUCAUACCGACUCGUAACUAUACUCUAAAUAAAUUCAUUGAAAUCAUUCUGCAAAAUUUAAUCUCAAUGCCCGCUUCGGGAGAGUAACGAGAUUUUUCCUAAAAACAGAUUGAUUAUUUCUUUCACUAUUAUUUGACAAUAAAAGUCUACAACUUCGGAGAUAUAUUUUCAGAUGUUAUAAGAGUAUGUAAAGAGAGAAGUUUUAUGAUUUUCGAGAAAAUUAAAUAACUUUCUUGGGAAAAAUUCCAUUUUUGUAUUUCCUUCGAAUUUAUUUAGAAUACAUUGAAUAGGUGCUAGGAAAAAUGGCAUGCAUAAAAGCACUUUAAUGUUGAUAAUUAGAUAAAUCAUUGUGUGCGAAGUAAAGGUAGAUGCAUUUUAAAAUAUUUGUAACAAUGGUAUUCGCCCAUUAUAGGAAAUCCAAGUCUUUCACAUUUUUUCAUCAUCAAAGUUUUGAUAAAAUCGUCAAAAUGGCAACACUUGAGGCCAAAAAGGGUUCAGAUUCCCAACGCUUUAUCCAUUGAAAAGAAAUGGAGAUUUAUAAUGCAUUAGGAGUGGAUGCACGUGUGAAUGUGAAUUGCUGGAGUGUUUUUAGUGGAGUGUUUAUUCACAUACCAGUAUAAUAGUUAAGCUACGGUAAAGAAAAUCAUAGUGAUUUUGAAAAAUGUACCAAAAAUCUUUUUGUUCCUUCGAUUAAUUUACGUGGAGUUGAUUUUUGUUUGAAAAUGGCAGAAGUGUGCGGCGAUUAAAAUUCAUCGAAAACUAUUCUAUCAUAAAUAUAAAUUUUCUUCAAUUAUUUACAUACUUUGAAGAUAAAAAUUAGCUGGUUACGCCAACAAAAUAUACACACUUUUGUAUACAAAUUUUACUUAAAUAAAUUACCUUAAUCAUUUC